AGGCCUAAAGGAUCAGCAACUUGUGCCCCGUCGACACUAAUGGAGAGAUUAUAACCAACGUACACGUGUCGUAUAUAAAAGGCAGUAAAGUUCAGAAAAAAAAAAUGUUAAACUUGAUAAACAUAAAGACUGAAAGUUUGUACCUAUUGUUUUUACUUUGUGUUUAUGUAAGAACAUUGGAUGGAGAACGACCUUUUAGGACACUCAAAGCGAAUCAGAUAUGGGAAAAAGCACAGAAGCUCCAUUCAGGACCAAAGUUAGCCGACCUUUAUGCAGAUUUAAAAAUUCAAGACAAAGUAGAAAUAGAACUAAAAAAGUUGAAAGCUGAGGACAUGGAUAAAGAUGGUCUGAAAGAGGCAGAAGUUAGACAGAGAUUAAUGGAUUUUUUGGAGAAGUACGACAUGAAAAAAGUAAUAUCUAUACCAAAGCCACAAGAUAUAAGUAAUGAAAUACCAGAAACAUUUGAUCAUCAACUUCGAGACAAAAAGCUUCAGAAGCUGUGGAAGAAAGCAGAAUUUGCCGGAUUCUCAGAAUCAGAAAUGGAGAAACUAAAAGAGGAAUUUUUACACCAUCAGAUGAAGGUGGAUGAAUAUAACUCUCUACAGGAAAAUUUUGACCCCAUUGCUGAUUUUGAGGAUAAUUUGAUUGAUGUAGAACAAAAUCGGGUGAAGAAAACCAGGAAACUGGAGUUAAAAACAAUGUUCAGGGAUCUGAAGACAGAUUACGACAAGCUAGAGUCGAUGGCCGCUGGCGUCAAUGAUCCGGACAAAUCGUUCCAGGAUCCGAGAGUUUACGAGCUGUGGGCACUCGCCCAGAGAGCUAAAAUGUCACCAAGUGAACUAGAAUCCAUCAAGACAGAACUUCAGCAUUUUGAACACAGGCUUCAAAAGCAUGAGUACUACCAAGAUCAGUUAAGAAUUUCUGACGAGGCCAUAAAAAUCAAUCACAAAAAUGAAGAGGUCCCCGAGAAGCAUGCCAAGCUGGAACAGAUGGCCCGGGAUUAUGGAAGGAAGGUUGAGAAAUAUCACACAGAUCUGAAGUAUCGUAUUAACAAAGCCUUAAAGCAGCACAUAGAACUCUGAUGUUAAAGGAUAUACAAGUAUGGCAACAACAAGGCAUUAAAGCAGAACAUGGAAUCUGAUGAUAAAGGAUCUACAUGUAGUCAAAGUUUGGCAGCAGACCUCAAAAAUCAGACUGCUCUAGUUACUGAGAGAGUUAUCAGAUGGUGAAACAGGAAAAAUGGACCACAAGCUUAGAAGUACAGAUGAAUAAACUGUGUUAUUCCAGCAAAUUGACAAUCCCUCAAUGUACAAUAUUUUGUGAAUUUAGAAAAUUUAUACGUCAGAGAGAAAGUUGAAACAAUCUUUGUAAGGGAAAAUUCUCUUUUGGAUUAAUGUGACGACACAGAUGGUUUAUGAUUCAAAGGAGAUAACUUGUUUCAAUCAUGUGCAUUUCAUUUAUACUCAUGUCAUUUAUUUCAUUUCAGUAGAUUUUUAUAUGCAACUUGUGAGGAAAGAGAUAUUGUUUUGAAGCAUUUUUUUUAAUUGAGAAAUAUGAAAUAUGUUACGAAUCUCAUAUUUUGAAAAUUAUGAACAAACAUACUAGUAAUGUGAUUAUAAUAUAUUUUGGGAAAUUGGGUUUUGUGAUUUUUUUUAUUUUUGAAUACAAUCUUAAAAAAUUUAUGUCAGAUAUAUCUAUAAAUUGUUAUUCAUUAAAAUUGAUAAACCUUUAUGUGUGCAUUUUUUCUACCUGUAAAUGUAUGUGGAAAAUAAGUGUUUAGUCAACAUAUCAAAAUUACAU